AUGCGCCUGGCCGGCGGUGCCGGCUCCCCUCGGGCCGCGCCCUCGCCCGGGAACGGCAGCCAGUGGCGAGAGACAGAGCCGGGCGGCGGCGGCGGCAGCCCCAGCCCCGAGGCGUGGUCGGGGUCUCCCAAUGGCAGCCUGGGCGGCUGGGACCCCUUCGGGCGGGACGAGGAGCUGGCGAAGCUGGAGAUCGCGGUGCUGGCCGUCACCUUCGCGGUGGCGGUGGUGGGGAACGGCAGCGUGCUGCUGGCCCUGCGGCGCACGCCGCGCAAGGCGUCUCGCAUGCACCUCUUCAUCCGCCACCUCAGCCUCGCCGACCUGGUGGUGGCCUUCUUCCAGGUGCUGCCCCAGCUCUGCUGGGAGGUGACACACCGCUUCCACGGUUCCGACGGACUCUGCCGCGUCGUCAAGCACCUGCAGGUCUUCGGCAUGUUCGCCUCGGCGUACAUGCUGGUGGCCAUGACCGCCGACCGCUACAUCGCCGUCUGCCAUCCGCUGAAGACGCUGCAGCAGCCCACCAAGCGCUCGUACGGGAUGAUCGCGGCAGCCUGGGCGCUCAGUCUGCUUCUCAGCACCCCGCAGUACUUCAUCUUCUCCCUCAGCGAGGUGGAGCGCGGCUCGCAGGUCUACGACUGCUGGGCGCACUUCAUCAUGCCCUGGGGGCCCCGCGCCUACAUCACCUGGAUCACCGGCGGCAUCUUCGUCGCGCCCGUCCUCAUACUCAUCACCUGCUACGGCUUCAUCUGCUACCGCAUCUGGCGCAACGUCCGGGGGAAGACGCGCCCGGGGGAGGCGGUGGCCGGCGGCCCGCGGCGGGGGCUGCUCCUCGCUCCCUGUGUCAGCAGCGUCAAGACCAUCUCCCGCGCCAAGAUCCGCACCGUCAAGAUGACCUUCGUUAUCGUGUCGGUGUACGUUGUUUGCUGGGCGCCCUUCUUCACCAUCCAGAUGUGGUCCGUCUGGGACCAGCGAUUCCCCUGGGUCGAUUCUGAAAACACUGCAACUACUGUUACGGCUCUGCUGGCCAGUCUGAACAGUUGCUGUAACCCAUGGAUCUACAUGUUCUUCAGUGGGCACCUCCUGCAAGACUGCAUACAGAGCUUCCCUUGCUGUCAAAAAAUAAAGCAAACGCUGAGUAAAGAAGAUUCAAACAGCAAUAGCAGGCGACAGACUUCUUUCACCAACAAUAGAAGCCCAACCCACAGCCUAAACACCUGGAGGGAGAUGCCCCUCUCUAAAUCAACGAGCUUCAUUCCCAUUCCAACAUGAGACAGGCUAUGGGACAGGAGGGCAUGACACUUUAUGCCUGUCAAAGGCAUCAGUCACGGUACCAAGGAAUGACUAACAUGGCUAUAAGGCUAACAUGCUGCCUUGCUCAAUAAGCUAUCCUGCAGCAUGUAAAUUAUUUUCUGAAAGGUAUUUAGAACUUGGGCAACUGAUAAGGAAGGCACGGCAACAAUAAAGCAAUUAUUUUUUUAAAUAGAAUUUAUUUUAAUUUUUUGUCUGUUUCUAAAAUAAUAAGUGCAUUGUUUGCUUGCUAUUUAAAGCAGUAAAAAUAGUAGAGUUAUCAUGUUUUGGAGUAACUCCACUCUGUAGUGUUAAUGCAUAAAACUUCUCAUGAUUGUCGGAUGAAGUCACAGGGAAAGAAGACAAUAUGAGCAAGACUACAGAUUAGUAUUAAACACAAAAAGAAAGAAGGUGGGAAAAAGUCCUGGCUGUCCAAAUAAAGAACACAGACUCUGAGUUGUUGGAAUUCAGUUGCUUAUACUGCUUUAUCUUGUAAAGAUCCAGCAAUUCUCAGAUACUGAAAUUUAACAGCCCUGCUAAAGACAAAUCCUUUAGUAUUGUCAGUGUAUGUGUGUGUAUGGUGGGUGAGCAUUUUUAGGGUAACAUUUCUUCUUCCCUUCAUGUUGAUGUAAGUUCUACAAUAUAUUUGUGUGUGUGUAUGUGUUGUUGCAUCUACCUUCAUUUUUUUAAACUAAUUUGAAAAAUAUAUUGAUAAAUAAGUAUGACAAGCUAUGACUAGCUCAGCAUUGUUACAAAUAAAUAUACCAAGAAAAUGCAUAAUGAAUACCAGGACAACUUGCUUUAUGGGUAAGAAUUGCAUAUUCUCUUUUUUUCUUCAUUAAGAUCAAGCUAGGAUCAAGCCACAUUUGGUUGUCAAGCAAAUACCCCAUCAGUUCAGUAGAGUGUGGCAUUUGGUAAGAGCCAUAGAACCAGUAUAUUCCAAGACAGAAAUCUGAGAAUCAAACUUACAAGUCUUCUUAUCUUUAGUUUUAAGGAGGGAACAUAUGAAAAUUGUCAAUGUUGUUGGUUUGUCUUUUCUUUUUUUUUUUUUAAUUACCAGAUCACAACAAUAUAGCACUCAAAAUUGGCAGGAAAGUGCAAUAAAAAUUAAUCACAACACAUUUGCUAAUUACAAAGCUUUCCAGGUGUGCUUGUUUUCUCUACAAUGCAUGCCAAGUAGUCUGUAGUUCAUUCAGAUGCUAAAUAAACCUGUUAAGUCUUUCAGUGGAGUAUGUAAUUUAUCUUAAGGUUGGAUUUUGAAGCUCCUUGAAUAAGUUUUGCUGUGAUUUUUAGUCUUGAGGAUCAUUUUGAGAAGUACAGCUACCUGUCUUCUCCAUUUUCCUGAACAUUCUGGAUCCUGAAAUCCAGGUGUUUUCCUGCUGCUGGAGCAGUGGAACAUGUACCUGGCUACAUAACAUGCAUGUAAGGAGAAACCUCAACAGCAGGUUUCUCUUUUUCCCACCAAAACCUAACAAGAUUGCUUUUCUAAUUGCUUGAGGAGAGUAAAAAAUGGGGUCACCAUGUGGCUUUCACUGAGAAUAGUCCCCAUGCCUGUCCCAAUAAUGGCAGCAGAAAUUAAUAGAGCUAGAUGCUGGAUAAGAUCGUAUUAAACCUGUUAUCCAGUCCAGAAGCUUCCAGACAUAUCAUCCGGUCAAAGAAUAGGGAAUAUUAUAGCUAAAAAAAUUUUUUUAAAAAAAUCGAUUUUGUAGUCACUAAAGAAAAUCUUGUCUCUUCUCUCUACUUUCCUUGUUAGCAUUUUCUGUUCUUCAGGACAGAAAUCUGGUCUAAUGUUUUGUUGUUGUUCAAAACACUAGAACCCAGAGGACAGCAUGGUGGAAUAGCUUAUAUUUAACGACUACCUUUUGACCACCUUUAGUACACAAAUGUGACUACAGCUCUCAGCAGUUCUGGAUGAAGGUUUGUGAACCUAAAGUUGCAUUUAAGUCCAAAAAAUGCAUGCAAUGGUGUUGUGUGUGUAUACUUGUGCACAUUAUAUGUACUGCAUAUAUUUUGCAAGUAGGUAAUUAACAGUUACUGAAAUUGCAAAUGUUUCAAAUUAAGUACAUUAUCCUUUGCCUAGUUUUCUCUUGGUGCUACUGCUUUCUUUGUACAUGAAAUCUAUUAAAAAGCAAUUAGCUGUACUAACAGAAUUUUCAUGUUUGCAUAAUUGAAUUGUUUUUCUAUUGGGCUUUAUAUUCAAAGAGAAAAGAUAAUGAGAAAACAUAUGAAGAAUGAUGUUGAUGACAAAACUGAGCUAAUGGCCAAUGUAUAUAUUAAAGCAAACAGACUCAAAAUUAUGAAUUUUAGUUUCUUCUAAAUAUGUUAUAAAAUCUAGGCUUACACUUGAGGCUUUCUGCAAUUAAAUUGACAACACAGUUUAACAGUAUUUCGUUUUCAGGCAUCUUUUGCAAAUACUGAAUUUUUCAUAUAAUUGUAGCACUGGAAGAUACAGCCCAUAUUUUUCAGUUGUUCAUCUGUGGAGAUUUUUUUUUUUUUAACAGCUGUUUUGAGUUAUUAUGAGGGCACACUAAUG